CUCCUCCUCCUCCACCGCGGCCGGGGGCAGGCGCUCCUCGGCGGCUGAGGGGCAGAGCGGGGCGGCAGCAUGUCCACUAAGGCGGAGCAGUUUGCUUCCAAAAUCCGUUACCUUCAGGAAUACCACAACCGGGUUCUCCACAACAUUUACCCUGUGCCCUCUGGAACUGACAUUGCAAAUACUCUGAAAUACUUUUCUCAGACGUUAUUGAGCAUUUUGUCCCGCACAGGGAAGAAGGAGAAUCAAGAUGCCUCCAAUUUGACAGUGCCCAUGACCAUGUGUCUUUUUCCUGUGCCAUUCCCACUCACCCCAUCUCUAAGACCACAGGUCAGUUCCAUCAACCCUACUGUUACUCGCUCCCUCCUUUACAGCGUCCUGCGAGAUGCUCCAUCUGAACGUGGCCAGCAAAGUCGUGAUGCUCAGUUAUCAGACUACCCAUCUUUGGACUAUCAAGGACUUUACGUGACACUGGUGACACUGCUGGAUCUAGUUCCCUUGCUACAACAUGGUCAACAUGAUCUUGGGCAAUCAAUUUUUUACACUACUACAUGCUUACUUCCUUUUCUCAAUGAUGAUAUUUUGAGUACUUUACCCUAUACAAUGAUUUCAACACUAGCUACCUUUCCUCCAUUUCUGCACAAGGAUAUUAUAGAGUAUCUCAGCACAUCUUUUCUGCCUAUGGCUAUAUUGGGAUCCUCAAAAAGAGAAGGUGUUCCAGCACAUGUCAAUCUAUCUGCAUCAUCAAUGCUAAUGAUUGCAAUGCAGUACACAUCAAACCCGGUGUAUCACUGCCAGUUGUUGGAAUGCCUUAUGAAAUAUAAGCAAGAAGUGUGGAAAGAUUUGCUCUAUGUGAUAGCCUAUGGACCAUCUCAAGUUAAACCUCCAGCAGUACAAAUGUUAUUUCACUACUGGCCCAAUUUAAAACCACCUGGGGCAAUCAGUGAGUACAGAGGACUGCAGUACACAGCCUGGAACCCUAUUCAUUGCCAACACAUUGAAUGCCAUAAUGCGAUUAACAAACCAGCUGUGAAGAUGUGCAUUGACCCAUCCUUGUCUGUAGCUUUGGGUGAUAAGCCACCUCCCCUAUAUCUUUGUGAAGAAUGCAGCCAGAGAAUUGCAGGGGAUCACAGUGAAUGGUUGAUUGAUGUUCUUCUACCACAAGCUGAAAUUUCUGCUAUAUGUCAGAAGAAGAACUGUAGCUCACAUGUCAGAAGGGCUGUUGUCACGUGCUUCUCAGCGGGCUGUUGCGGCCGCCAUGGCAAUAGGCCAGUGCGCUACUGCAAAAGAUGCCAUUCGAAUCAUCACAGCAGUGAAGUUGGGGCAGCUGCAGAAACCCAUCUUUAUCAGACCUCACCACCCCCUAUCAACACCCGGGAGUGUGGGGCAGAGGAGCUCGUGUGUACUGUGGAAGCUGUGAUCAGCUUGCUGAAGGAAGCAGAGUUUCAUGCUGAGCAGAGGGAGUAUGAACUCAACCGCAGGAGGCAGAUGGGCCUCUCCUCUUCCCAUCACUCCCUGGACAACACAGACUUUGAUAAUAAAGAUGAUGACAAGCAUGACCAACGCCUCCUGAGCCAGUUUGGAAUCUGGUUCUUGGUAAGCCUUUGCACUCCCAGUGAGAAUACACCCACAGAGAGUUUAGCAAGGCUGGUUAGCAUGGUAUUCCAGUGGUUUCACUCCACAGCGUACAUGAUGGAUGAUGAAGUUGGUAGCCUGGUUGAAAAACUCAAACCCCAGUUUGUUACGAAGUGGUUGAAGACUGUUUGUGAUGUUCGGUUUGAUGUCAUGGUUAUGUGCCUCCUUCCCAAACCAAUGGAGUUUGCCAGGGUUGGUGGAUACUGGGACAAAUCCUGCAGUGCUGUGACCCAAUUAAAAGAAGGGCUGAAUCGAAUCCUUUGCUUGAUUCCAUACAAUGUGAUAAACCAGCCGGUGUGGGAAUGCAUCAUGCCAGAGUGGUUGGAAGCUAUAAGGACGGAAGUGCCUGAUAAUCAACUGAAAGAGUUCCGGGAAGUGUUGAGCAAAAUGUUUGACACUGAACUUUGCCCUCUCCCUUUCUCCAUGGAGGAGAUGUUUGGUUUCAUUAGCUGUCGAUUCACAGGGUAUCCAUCCUCUGUGCAAGAGCAAGCAUUGCUUUGGCUGCAUGUGCUAUCUGAACUAGACAUUGUUGUUCCUCUUCAGUUACUAAUCAGCAUGUUUUCUGACGGAGUUAAUUCUGUAAAAGAGUUAGCAAAUCAAAAAAAAUCAAGAGUCAGUGAACUGGCGGGAAAUCUUGCAGCUCGGAGGGUAAGUGUCGCUUCUGACCCUGGGCGCAGAGUUCAGCACAACAUGCUGAGUCCUUUCCCAAGCCCGUUCCAGAGCCCAUUUCGGAGUCCAGUACGCAGUCCUUUUCACAGCCCUUUCAAGAACUUUGGACACCCCAGUGGAAAGACAAUUGAUUUUGACUGUGAAGAUGAUGAAAUGAAUCUUAAUUGCUUCAUUCUGAUGUUUGAUCUCAUCUUGAAGCAGAUGGAACUCCAGGAUGAUGGUGUCACUUUGGGCUUAGAGAACAGCAUUUCAAAAGAUAUAAUAUCCAUCAUAAACAAUGUGUUCCAGGCCCCCUGGGGGGGUUCUCACACCUGUCAGAAAGAUGAAAAAGCAGUCGAAUGUGGUCUGUGUCAGUCCAGCAUUCUGUGUUACCAGCUUGGUUUUGAGCUGCUGGAACAGCUUGCUCCAAAAGAAGAAAUCAGGCUUGUGGAGCCCACGGAUAACCUCGAGGACAGUCUUCUGUAUACUAGACCUGAGUUUAUUAUAGGAACUGAAGGAGAAGAGGAAGACAAAGUGGCACCAAAACAUGGAGAAAACCCAGGAAAUCACACAGAAACCAUGGAAAACGCUGCGAUAAAGAAUGACACAGAAAGAAAAUUUUGUUAUCAGCAACUUCCAGUUACCUUGAGGCUCAUAUACACUAUACUGCAGGAAAUGUCAAGGUUUGAAGAACCAGACAUUCUUUUUAACAUGCUGAACUGUCUGAAGAUCCUGUGUCUUCAUGGGGAGUGCCUAUACAUAGCAAGAAAGGACCAUCCACAAUUUCUCGCCUAUAUUCAAGAUCACAUGCUGAUUGCAAGCUUAUGGGGAGUUGUGAAGUCUGAAUUCUCUCAACUUUCUUCACUGGCAGUCCCGCUUCUUCUUCAUGCACUUUCGCUUCCCCAUGGAGCUGACAUUUUCUGGACAAUCAUAAACAGCAAUUUCAACAGCAAAGAUUGGAAGAUGAGAUUUGAAGCAGUGGAGAAGGUGGCUGUGUUGUGCAGAUUUUUGGAUAUUCACUCUGUGACUAAAAACCACCUACUGAAGUACUCCUUGGCUCAUGCAUUCUGCUGUUUCCUGACUGCUGUGGAAGAUGUCAACCCAGCAGUGGCUACAAGAGCUGGGCUGUUACUUGACACCAUAAAGAGGCCAGCUUUACAGGGUCUCUGCCUCUGCCUUGAUUUCCAGUUUGACACAGUUGUCAAGGACAGGCCCACAAUCCUUAGUAAGCUUUUGCUACUUCAUUUUCUAAAAGCGGAUAUUCCAGCUUUGAGCUGGGAGUUCUUUGUGAAUCGCUUUGAGACCCUGUCUCUGGAAGCACAGCUUCAUCUGGACUGCAACAAAGAAUUCCCUUUCCCAACAACUAUCACUGCUGUCCGGACAAAUGUCGCCAACCUCAGUGAUGCAGCAAUGUGGAAGAUCAAGAGGGCUCGUUUCGCACGUAAUCGUCAGAAGAGUGUGCGUUCCCUGAGGGACAGUGUGAAGGGACCAGUGGAGUCAAAGAGAGCGCUCUCCCUUCCAGAAACCUUAACCACCAAAAUUCCUGUGAGCUUGACCAGACAUGAGCAGUCUGCUCCAGCUCUUGGAGGAACACCAGAGCAAACACCAGGACAACCCUCCCCAGAGAAUGAUAAUACAAUAAAAGACCUGCUGCCAGAGGAUGCCGGGAUUGAUCACCAGACUGUCCACCAGCUCAUUACUGUGCUAAUGAAGUUCAUGGCAAAGGACGAGAGCAGCGCCGAGUCGGACAUCAGCAGCGCCAAAGCUUUCAACACAGUCAAGCGCCAUCUGUACGUCCUGCUUGGUUAUGAUCAGCAGGAAGGAUGCUUCAUGAUUGCACCACAAAAAAUGCGCGUUUCGACCUGCUUUAAUGCCUUUAUUGCUGGCAUAGCACAAGUGAUGGACUAUAACAUCAACCUGGGAAAACACCUUCUUCCCUUGGUGGUGCAAGUGUUGAAAUACUGCACUUGUCCUCAGCUAAGACAUUACUUUCAGCAGCCUCCUCGCUGCUCCCUCUGGUCCCUCAAACCUCACAUUCGGCAGAUGUGGUUGAAGGCUUUGCUUGUCAUUCUCUACAAGUACCCCUACAGAGACUGUGAAAUCAGCAAGAUUGUACUUCACCUAAUCCACAUCACAGUCAAUACUCUCAAUGCUCAGUAUCACAGCUGCAAGCCCCAUGCAACUGCUGGUCCUUUGUAUAGUGACAACAGUAACAUAAGCCGAUACAGUGAAAAGGAAAAAGCAGAGGAAGACAGUGUUUUUGAUGAAUCUGAUAUUCAUGAUACACCAACUGGACCUUGCAAUAAAGAAUCUCAAACUUUCUUUGCAAGACUGAAAAGAAUUGGUGGCAGCAAAAUGGUGAAAUAUCAACCAGUUGAGAUGAAUGCUCAGAGAAGUGAAAUAGAGCUGGCUGAAUAUAGAGAGACGGGGGCCUUACAAGACAGUAUUCUACGCUGUGUGAGAGAAGAAAGCAUUCAGAAAAAAAAACUGCGCUCUCUAAAACAAAAAUCUCUUGAUAUAGGAAAUGCAGACUCCCUGUUGUUUUCAUUAGAUGAACAUCGCAGGAAGUCCUGCAUAGACCGGUGUGACUUAGAAAAACCACCUGUCCCUGCUGCUUACGCCAUACACAGACAGAGUGAUUACGGACGAUCUCGGCAGAAUUCUUCUACUAAAGCUGAAAAUAUAGAAACACAAGAAAAUCGCCCUCGUACGGAGAGUUUCCAGGAGACAAGGCGACCUGUCAUACCAGAAGUUAGGCUAAACUGCAUGGAAACCUAUGAAGUGAAAGUGGAUUCUCCGGUUAAACCUGCUGGUCCCAAGGAAGAUUUAGAUCUGAUAGAUUUGUCCUCUGACUCAACAUCGGGUCCUGAAAAGCAUUCAGUACUCUCUACUUCAGACAGUGACUCUUUAGUCUUUGAACCACUUCCUCCACUUAGAAUAGUGGAGAGUGAUGAAGAAGAAGAAACGACGAACCAGCUGAACGAUGAGGCUUCUGGCAAAACUGCUGCCUCUUCUCCCUUAACUCCUAUCAACGUCUCUGCACUCAGCCUCAGCACAACUCCGCUGGUUCAGUUCAGCAUUGAAGAUUGCUCCAAAGACUUUAGUUCUAAGGAUACAAGCAACAAUGCUUCAGCAGGAAUAGAGGAAAUCCUUUCCAAUUCUCCCAGAGAUCAAAAGGACUCUGAAGAGUUAGUUAAGCCAGAAGAACUUCAGGACAUAUCCUCUGGGAACGCACUAACACUGAAACAGAAAAGGGACCUGCUGCAGAAGUCAUUUGCCCUUCCAGAAAUGUCCCUCGAUGAUAACUCUGAGCUCAGCGUGGAGGAAAUUAGACCUAGUGGAGCAAUUCCAAGCCCAAAUGUAAAGACGGUCCUUAUUAAAGUCCCUGAAGAUUCCGAAAACCAGAUGGAAGGUGAUAAACUUGACACCAACACAGAGUCUGACACGGAACAAAACACGGAACAGAAACAAGAAGAGGAGACUGAGGAGUCAGAAUUUAAGAUUCAGAUUGUUCCUCGCCAGAGGAAGCAGAGGAAGAUUGCUGUGAGUGCUAUUCAGAGAGAAUACCUGGACAUUUCCUUUAACAUCCUUGACAAGCUGGGAGAGCAGAAGGAGGCAGAUCCUGCUGCCAAAGGACUUUCAACACUGGAAAUGCCAAGAGAGUCAUCAUCUGCACCAACCCUUGAAGCAGGCGUCCCGGAGACAAGUAGUCACUCUUCCAUAUCAACUCAGUUCAGACAAAUGAAAAGAGGCUCUUUGGGAGCUCUGACAAUGAACCAGCUAAUGAAGAGGCAGCUGGAACACCAGUCUAGUGCUCCCCACAAUAUCAGCACUUGGGAUACUGAGCAGAUACAGCAUGGAAAGCGGCUGUGCAAUGUCCCUGUUUGCCUAAACCCUGACUUGGAGGGACCACCACUAAGAAUCAGAGGUGCCACAAAAUCUAGCUUGCUGUCAGCACCCAGUAUAGUCAGUAUGUUUGUACCUGCACCGGAAGAAUUUGCUGACGACCAGCCCAUUAUGAUGACUGAUAAGUGUCAUGACUGUGGGGCUAUUCUUGAAGAAUAUGAUGAAGAAACACUAGGCCUGGCCAUAGUUGUGCUCUCAACCUUCAUUCACCUUAGUCCAGACUUGGCGCCUCUGCUGUUGGAUAUCAUGCAGUCUGUAGGAAGGUUGGCAUCAAGUACGAGUUUUUCUAAUCAAGCAGAAAGCAUGAUGAUCCCUGGAAAUGCUGCAGGUGUGGCCAAGCAGUUCCUCCGCUGUGUGUUCCAUCAGCUGGCUCCCAAUGGCAUUUUCCCUCAGCUCUUCCAGAGCAAUAUUAAAGAUGGAAGUUUUUUACGGACCUUGGCCACAUCUCUUAUGGACUUCAGUGAGCUGAGCUCCAUCGCUGCUCUGAGCCAGCUGUUAGAGGGUUUAAACAACAAAAAGAAUUUACCAGCAGGGGGGGCAAUGCUACGCUGUUUGGAAAAUAUUGCUACCUUUAUGGAAGCCUUGCCGAUGGAUUCACCCAGCAACCUCUGGACCACGAUUAGUAAUCAGUUUCAGACCUUCCUUACUAAACUCCCUUGUGUUUUGCCACUUAAGUGUUCUUUAGACUCUAGUUUAAGAAUCAUGAUUUGCUUGUUGAAGAUACCUACCACGAGUGCCACCAGGAGUCUUCUGGAGCCUUUUUCAAAAUUACUGAGCUUUGUAAUUCAGAAUGCUGUCUUCACUCUGGCCUACCUGGUGGAGCUGUGUGGUUUGUGCUACCGAGCCUUCACUAAGGAAAGGGACAAAUUCUACUUGACACGCAGUGUUAUAUUGGAGUUACUGCAGGCACUGAAGUUAAAGUCACCCUUACCAGACAUGAAUCUGCUGCUGUUGGUGCAGUUUGUUUGCGCAGAUGCUGGAACAAAACUGGCCGAGUCAACAAUCUUGCAUAAACAGAUGAUUGCCUCUAUGCCUGGAUGUGGAACAGCAGCAAUGGAAUGCAUGAGGCAAUAUGUUGGGGAAGUGCUGGAUUUCAUUGCAGAUAUGCAUACCUUAACCAAACUAAAGAGUCACAUGAAGACUUGUUCUCAGCCACUGCAUGAAGACACAUUUGGUGGGCAUCUGAAAGUUGGUUUAGCUCAGAUUGCUGCUAUGGAAAUCACACGGGGAAACCACAGAGACAACAAAGCUGUGAUCCGAUACUUACCUUGGCUUUACCAUCCUCCUUCUGCAAUGCAACAAGGGCCCAAAGAGUUCAUAGAAUGUGUCUCACACAUUCGUUUGCUGUCCUGGCUGCUUCUGGGGUCUCUGACACACAAUGUUGUCUGUCCAAAUUCUUCAUCAUCUUGCAUGCCUAUUCCACUGGACGCGGGUUCACAAAUUGCUGACCACCUUAUUGUUAUUCUGAUUGGGUUUCCAGAGCAAUCAAAGACAUCUGUUCUGCACAUGUGUUCCCUCUUCCAUGCAUUUAUAUUUGCUCAGCUCUGGACAGUGUAUUGUGAACAAACAGCAGUAGCUCCGACAGUCCAGAAUCAGAAUGAAUUUAGCUUUACAGCAAUCCUUACAGCCCUGGAGUUCUGGAGCCGAGUGACACCUAGCAUCCUGCAGCUAAUGGCACAUAACAAAGUGAUGGUGGAAAUGGUGUGCCUGCAUGUGAUUAGUUUGAUGGAGGCUUUACAGGAAUGCAACUCCACUAUCUUUGUGAAGCUCAUACCAAUGUGGUUGCCAAUGAUACAGUCAAAUCUAAAGCAUUUAUCUGCUGGACUCCAGCUACGCCUCCAAGCCAUCCAGAGUAAUGUCAACCAUCACAGUCUAAGGAUGUUACAUGGGUCAGGACAAAUGAACAAUAGCUCGUCUGUGCUCCGCAAGUGGCUACAAUGUACCCAAUUUAAAAUGGCUCAAGUGGAAAUUCAGUCGUCAGAAGCUGCGUCUCAAUUUUAUCCUUUAUGAUUCAUGUGAUUUGUUCCAAAUGUUCAUUUUUUGCUGAGCAAUAACAGGGUUAGAGCUGUAAAAGACCUUUUGUAUAAAUCAGUAUACAGAGUAUAUACUGUAUCUAUACUUUCUAGCCUAGCACAGAUUGUGGAAAAGCUUAUGACGGGUGAAGCUAAGAGCCUGAUCCUGCCAGUCUUUAAUUACAUUUACUCAGGAUCAACAGGCACUAAAGUCUGCAUUCGUGAACACGUAUUUGCAGGAUUGGACUUAAAUCUAUCACAUUGUACAUAUCACUGAUCAUUGAAAUACCUUGUUCUUAUAUGUUUCUUUAUUUUUGAAGCUAAGACAAAAAUCACUUUUCUUUAACUUCUAUUUUUUUUAAAAAUAGAGCUGUGGGUAUUCACAAACAUGGAAGUGCUAUGUUGCUAUUUUUUGACAAUAACAAAAGAAAACAGGGUUUUUAGGAACCUUUAUAGGAGUUUUUGGGGGGGGGAUGUAUUUUUUUUUUUUAGAUUCACAGCUGGCAAUGCAAUAAAACCUGUCACUAUAAAACAGUGAUAUUCUAAUGAGGCUUUUUGUCAUCAUCUUCUGGGAAAACAGCAGCUUGUAAGGACCGUUAUUAUAAAGUGCACUUAGAAAUUAGGUUGUUAAACUGUGUCAAUUCAUUUGUCUUUUUCUUCAGUACUGUUUUCCAAAACUGCCAAGUCUGAUUUAUUAUUUUUUGAAAUAUUGCUUUUCCUUCAUUGAUUCUGUGCUGCUCUUCUUUGUAGGUUUCAUAGAAGUCUCUUUAAUUUUGUGACUAUUGUAUUGUAUUUUUCUGUCAAUACUUGUAUACAGUGCAAUUAAAAAUGGAUAUCCCAGACCUAUUCUUAUUGAUGUCUACAGAAAUUAUGUUGUAGACUUCAGAGGAUCAUGACUGGACCUGAACUUUUGCAUAAUGAUACUUAAAAAUCACAGCAUUUGCAUACUGUUGUAUUAAACAUAAUGUUUAAUAAGAGGGAUUUUAAUAUCAUUAAGGGACUCAGCCAAAGCCCAUUGCAAUCUAAGGAGACUCAGUUAAUUCAGUGGAUUUUACAUAAAUUUUGAGAGCACUACGAUUUACCACCACUUGUAAUUAACACUUAAAUCUGUGCAGUUACAGUUUUGUUUUCUUUAUUUAUUCCUGUAAUGCACUGAUUAGAAAAGUAACAAACACACAUUUAAGUUCUGUAUUAGAACACUGUUAAAUUCCUAGCCUUUAUUACCACUCUCAGAAUCAACAUUUUUCCUCCCUGAUUGCAUGGAAUCGGAAAAGCAUACCUGUAAAGAACUGCCUGAUGCACUUCAGUUGUUGUGGAGGGUCAAUCUUUCCUCAGUGCGUUUACCAAAGGAAAAACAGAAGUGUUUGCAGAUAUGACACUGAAGCACCAUUACUCUUUAAAAAAACAACUCCAAACUCAAUAAAGCUAACUAACCAACAAACCAAA